GCAAUUGCUCAAAAACUUGCUUUAUUUUCUUUUGAAGAAAAUUCUCAUUUAAUUAUUGAUCAUAUGACAACUGAAGAAUAUGCCAGAGAUUCUUAUGAAAACCUAUUAUUCUCAAUUUGUCGUUUUACAGAAGUGACUGGGCAUUAUCCACAAAACAUAACGGUCAUAGGGUUUGAAUUUAAGCGAAAAAGAUUUUUAGAUUUACAUAGAGCUGCAAUUAAAUUUCCAUUAGACAGGUUUACUUAUAUAGGAAUUGAUUCAGUGAACGUGAAGUCGAAUAAAAUUGGAAUAGAUAAUGCAUUAGAACCUUUUAAACAAGAUAUUUAUGCUUGUCAUGAUGGUAUACUCCGAAAUAAAAAACUUGCAAGAAAUCCGUUUAGAAGGAGACAUCCUUAUCAUUUAAGUUGUCCCUCUCUUAGUGAAUUGAUAAAUUACUGCCCUCGAGAUCCUACAUUAAUAUAUCCAAAUAAACUACCUUGGGAAUUUUCAUAA